GAAUUUGUUCUUCGGUCUUAUGUUAUCAAUCCGGACUAUUGAUACGCCAUGAUUACUUUUAUGAUGUCUUUUCGAUCAGUUAAACCUAGGUUUGACGUGCAGCAAAGCUCUUGCACAAGGAGGGGUGCAUAUUGCACCAUCCGUCGCCUAGGAUAUCGAUGUAUACUUCUUACCAUGAAAACUCCCAUCCGCAGCAAUCAAAACUCUAGUUGAACUACGAUCGGAAGCUUUUUUUUUUGGCAGAUCCAAAUGGUGUGAGUAACUAUAGUGUCCCUGUUGAACGUCAGUAAGUAUCGGGAUAGCUAUCCUUAGAGAGUAGCUGUAUUUUUCCAUUCCAUUCGCUACCUCUGUUCCUCAGCCUUUCAUUUCUCUUUUAAUCACAAUUAUCGCAUCUUAUACCUUAUUCCUCUUAAGAUAAACAUGUCUACUACCAUCACAAUCAGCAGCAAUAGUCCAAUUAUCAUUCGGCAUGAUGCACCGGUCGAUGGUCAUUCAGGCGCAAUUACCAAUGGAUUUGCCAAUGGUGAUAGUCAUACCAGACUCAUUGAAUACGCCAAUAGUGUUACGACAAAUGGGAACAAUGCGCAUUUUUCUGCGGAAGCAGGGCUCAAUGAUGCACCAGAUCGUAUCAAGUUCGCUUAUUGGGUGCCCAAUGUUUCCGGUGGUUUAGUGAUAUCAAAGAUUCCCCAAAGAACAAGGUAGUCUUGAUAUUUUGUCAUGAGAUUUCAAUCACUAAUAUUCAUAGUUGGGAUUACGAAUCAAAUGUGAGAUAUGCACAAACGGCGGAGGAAGUAGGAUUCGAAUAUGCUCUCACUCAAAUUCGAUUCAUGGCAGGGUAUGGAGCUGUGAGUUCUAUCAGAAGUUGUUUGCAUACUAUUCAUAUUGAUCUGCAGUAGGAUCAUCAACACGAAUCCGUCUCCUUCUCCCAAGCACUACUUCAUAACACUAAGAAGUUGAAUGUUAUUGCUGCAAUAUUACCCGGCCCAUGGAAUCCAGCUGUUGCAGCUAAGCAAAUCGCCAGUAUCGAUCACUACUCGAACGGAAGGGUAUCUGUGAAUAUUGUUUCCGGGUGGUUUAAACAAGAGUUCACAAGCAUUGGACAAUGGUGGCUUGAACACGCUGAGCGCUACAGGAGGAGCAGGGAGUUUAUCGAGUGCUUGAAAGGGAUUUGGACUUCUCCAAAAUUCUCCUACAAAGGGGACUUUUACCAAUUUCACGAUUAUCCUUUGUCGCCAAAACCUCUCGAUUUACCAGGUCGACCACAUCCAUUAAUUUUUCAAGGAGGCAACUCAAUUGACGCUCGAGAAAACGGAGCUCACGUAUCUGACUAUUAUUUCAUGAAUGGCAAUACUCUAGAGGGAUUCCAAGAGCAAAUUGCUGACGUUAAAGAGCGGGCGCGGAAGCUUGGUCGAGAGGAUCAGAUACAUUUUGCAGUCAAUGGCUUUGCUAUUGUUAAAGAAACGGAAGAAGAAGCAAUACGACUUCUAUCUGAAAUUCAAGGCAAGGCGGACAAGGAAGCUGUGAAUGCAUUUGCGGAUGCAACAAAACAAGCUGGCUCAUCGACAGAAAAUAAAAAGGGCAUGUGGGCCAAUAGCAAAUUUGAUGAUUUGGUGCAAUACAACGAUGGAUUUAAAACAAAACUAAUCGGAACAGCUGAACAGGUUGCCGAUAGAAUUUUAUUGUUGAAGAGCUUAGGGAUUGAUAUUGUUUUAAUCGCAUUUUUGCAUUAUGAGGAUGAUAUUCAGAACUUUGGGGAGAAAGUUUUACCAUUAGUUCGAAAGCUGGAGAGGGACGGAAGGGGAAAGGAUGCAGAGGAUGAAAUUCGAAGGACUGGGGAUGUUUAUCGUACGAAACGAUGAGGGUUAAGGAAUGUCGUACUUUCGAAAUCUGUAUGCACCCUGUCACUCGGUCCCGUCUUGACACAUUGAUUAAUUUCUGGGGACAGGACAGUCUUAUGGAAGCUCUUGAGGACCUGAAGGAACCUCGUCCUUUGGAGUUUGCGCAUAGGGAUUUCGGCUCCACUAAGCAAACAUUUCUUGCUGUUCAAAAUUUACCGCCUCACUUUAGCGACUCGAUUUCUCCUCCCAAUAUCGACAUGAGUUCGUGUGUUUUGAGAUAUUUAUGAUGGUGCCUUUUGUCUUGUGGUCAGUCAUCUAUGGUCGUGUAUGGUCGGUCAUCUAUGGUCGGUCAUCUAUGGUCGGUCAUCUAUGGUCGAGAAGUACUUGAACCCUUUCACGUUCUUUUUGAUUGUACGGAGUAUGUAUACUUAAUCCAGUACUUCGAAUUUUGUAUACAAACAUACAAACGGAUCAUACCCAGUUUGUCUGCAUCGUGCUUUGUUCAUUCUACAGCUCAAUGCCUUGGAAGUCAGGCCGAGAAAAGCGCACAGUUUGAGACAUCUCCGAUAACCGAAAUUUUCCAUCUCCGGAUAUCCACCGGAAGAGCUGAAUGCCAGAUCCGUUUUUUACAAUUUUGGGAUACUUAAUAUAUACACAAUAUAGAAUGGCAAGCUUAUAUAUUGCUGCUGAUUAAUAAGGUGUGAAGCAAAUACUCCGGGACUUAGAAGUCAAGAUAACUAUCUAUUUCGAUUUACUCAGAAACUGCAUAAUAUUAAUAAUGAUAAUGAUGAUAACCACGAAUUCGAGGCGCCUCUUCAUCCCAUCCUUCCCUCUCCUAGCAAAACCGAAUUCGAAUAGAGUUCUACGGAGAAGUGGGAGAAGUGGGAGAAGUGGGAGAAGUGAUCCCGCACAGACAUUGUACCUAUCAAUUCAACGACUUUCACCCCCAAACGUGCAUCUUCCCGGCC